AAAAUAUAGGUUAAUCAAAGCAAUAUAUUCAGAAGUGACUGUGCAAAUGCAUUUUAGUACAAGCUGGAUGUAUAGCUUUUUCUCCCAUCCCAUACUACGUAACUGGGUGCUACAUUAUACUGUCACCAUGGCACAUCACAUACACAAAUACAUAAAGGCUGAGAGGAACAGGAAAUGUAGCAACGUGUGGAUGUAAAAACCAAGGAUCAACCUGGAAAUUGUAAUAAAUGAUUAGCAGUAUUUCAGUGGCAGAGGUGGGUGCCCUUGUCAUUUCCUGAUGCUGCUAUGCAGAGACAGUGCGGUGGCUGCGUUGAGGGGGCAGUUAUCCCUGUCUGUGAUCAGUGACCAUUAGGAUGCUAGGAGAAGGGGGAGGGGUGGUAGUAGUGGGGAAAUGGGGCGGUCUCUCUGAAGGAGGGAGGUGGACACAUUGCCUGUGCACAAUUGGAGGCAGCAAGGAGUGGAGCUGCAUCUGUGUGAGGCGACAGAAAGAACCUGCAUGGAAUGGAGGAGCACUAGAGCAGCACUGUCGCUGUCGGCGAGACUCCCACCACCACUGCUGCUAUGGAUUAAUGGCAGAGACUCAGAGCAGCUCUGUGAUGCCCGAGGGACCAGCUGUGUGGAUCCGCUGCCACCUCUGAUACGAUGCUUAGAGCAGGAGGGGUAGGCACCUCUCUUGCACUGUUGCUGCUGCCGCCGUUGCUGUGCUGCUGCCACCUUUGCCACUCACUACGGAUUCCAAAGCUCUCCUCCUAUGCAAAAGCAGAGGACAAGCUGUUCAAAUACCUCUUUGGAAAUUAUCAGAAAUGGGUUCGUCCGGUGGAACAGCUAAAUCAGACGAUCUGUGUGAAGUUUGGACUGGCUAUCUCCCAGCUCGUUGACGUGGAUGAGAAAAACCAACUGAUGACAACCAAUGUGUGGAUGAGACAGGAGUGGACUGACAUGAAACUCAGGUGGAUCCCUGACGACUAUCUGGGAAUCACAACCAUCCGCGUCCCUUCUGACAGGAUCUGGCUCCCAGAUGUUGUAUUGUAUGAUAAUUCAGAUGGACGUUUUGAGGGAACUGUCACCAAAGCAGUUGUAAAGUAUGAUGGGACCAUUUUAUGGUCACCACCCGCCAAUUACAAGUCAGCCUGCACCAUUGAUGUUACCUUCUUCCCAUUUGACCUCCAGAACUGUUCAAUGAAGUUUGGCUCCUGGACAUACGAUGGCUCCCAGGUGGACAUCAUUCUGGAGGACUUCCAUGUGGACAAGCGAGACUAUUUUGACAAUGGUGAAUGGGAGAUAGUGAAGGCCACAGGCAGCCGUGGUCUGAGGACAGAUGACAACUCUUCCUACCCCACCAUCACUUACUUCUUUAUCAUCCGCAGGCUGCCUCUCUUUUAUACACUAUUUUUGAUCAUCCCCUGCAUUGGCCUGUCCUUCCUCACCAUCCUUGUUUUCCAUUUGCCCUCCAAUGGUGGGGAGAAGAUCUCUCUCUGCACAUCAGUGCUGGUGUCGCUCACUGUUUUCCUUCUGGUCAUUGAGGAGAUUAUCCCCUCCUCUUCAAAAGCUAUCCCUCUCAUCGGGGAGUACCUGGUCUUCACCAUGAUCUUCGUCACACUGUCUAUCAUCAUCACCGUUUUUGCCAUCAACAUCCACCAUCGCUCUUCCUCUACACAUCACGGCAUGGCACCUUGGGUGAGAAAGAUUUUCCUACAUCGAUUGCCGAAGCUGCUGUGCAUGCGCAGCCAUGUGGACCGUUAUGCCACAGCAGCAGUGACCAGGGCGAGAGGAUCAGGAGGGCUGGGCAUGAUGAAGGACUCAGCACCUGAGGUCACCCCUCUACUCUACACCAGACAUAACCUACAAGCAGCUUUGGAUUCUAUUCGAUACAUAAGCAUGCAUUUGGUGAAAGAAAAUGAGGUCAGAGAGGUGGUACAAGACUGGAAGUUUGUGGCCCAAGUUCUGGAUCGAAUGUUUCUCUGGGCUUUUCUCCUGGUGUCGAUCCUGGGCUCCGCUUUCCUCUUCAUCCCGGUUAUUUAUAAAUGGGCCAACAUUGUCGUCCCUAAUCAUGCUGGAAGUACCCUGUAAGAACCGCAGUUCAGCUAACCACAAAUGGAGGGAAACGUGAACAGCUCACUGUGGGUCCUGUUGUGCAGACUGAGAUACUGGGAUCACGGUCGUUCUGUAAGCUACAAGCUAUGCCAGAGCUGAAGCUGCAGAGCUGGCUGCAUCUCACAGAGACAUGUUUUUUAGAAAAAUAUUUGAAUUCUGCAUUUCUGAGUUUGAAGUGAAAUGAAAUGACUCAGUUGAUUACAUGUACUACAUACUAUACAGUACUACUUAGUGUAUAAGACAAAAAUACAACACUUAGCCAUGUACUGUACAUUUUUGUCCAUAUCUCAAACAUCAGUACAUUUCAAUACAUUCAUUUUAUCUACUAUAGUAGGUGGGAUUUUGCACUGAGUCUAGUAGACAUUCAUAGAUACAAAAUAAAAAGAUGUCCUCGUAUUUAAGACAAAUAUCUGACUUGUGCUGAUGCAGGUUUCUGGGCAAAAUUAUGAAAGCCAAUUCAGUUUAGUUCAGUUCAUUUAAAUACAACUUUAUAUAUCCCUGGAAAGGCAGUUAAAAGGCAGCUUGCCAUCCAGAUAAACCAAUUCAUUGACACAAUAAACAGGAGAAGAACUCUUACAUAUUACACUGUGUGACUAUACAAUAUUUAUAGUAUUUGGAAAGACAACUACUUUGUCACUUUGGGGCAUAACUGAAAUAAAGGUGAUAAUUCAACA